CACAGGACGACGAUUAUUGAGAGGGAAAGUGUUCUGCCAUUGCAACAAUGAGAAGCUUUCUAACAUGCAGAUACUUAAGCCUGGCGUUAACGAGGACGACGUCGGAACGAAACCCCAAAAUCUCGAUCAGUCACACAUGGGUCGCAAGAAGAGGCGUGGCAGGGGGCGUGGCUAAGGGGAGGAGCGAGAGGAUCAAAUGGCUCUGGGAAGCGGAUGCCAGCGAGGUUACGAUCGCCGUUGGACACACCUUCUGCAGCAGGAUGACGGGAGGAAUCUUCACUCUGAACACGAAGAAGCCCUUGCGUCCUGAACACUUGGAGAAAGCGCUGGUCCACUUGCAGAGACAAACCCAAGCACUUCGCGGUGUCAUAAAAGAAAAAGACGGAAAAUUCUGGAUUUGUGAAAGUGACCAAGAGCAGAUAAACUUCAAGGUGCUGCAGGAAGGUGACAUCCCGGAGGAGGUGUGGCGCUUCACCAACACGCCCGUCGGGUACGCCCAGGCCCCCCUGUGGCGCGCCGCCUUCAUCCCUGACGCUGACAACAACAUCAGUGUUGCCAGCCCUGCCCACCUGAAGGAGGUUCGGGAGAAGUUCCCUCAUCAGAGUUACCUCGUCAUGCCCGUCCACCACUCCUUCAUCGGUGGCCCAACGAUCGUUUUGACUCUCCAGAGGCUUGUGGAGCUCCUCAAUGACGUCAUCGCAGGCCGCCCCAUCGACGACUCGCGGCAGAUCGGAGAGCUGGUGCCGUCGACGGAGAUCGACGCGGUGAAACACAGGAUCCGGGAGGAGUUCGAGAGGGACCCGGCACGUCUGGAGGCCAUGAAGGAGGAGCUGCUGGCCUGCGACUCCGAGCCGAUCCUACUGAAGGCGUUUCCGAGGCCUGGGGGCGUGCCCUCCUCCGGCCACGUCUUCAGGGACGUUAGCCCGACACUCCUUCAGAAGUUCACUGCCAAGUGCAAGUCCGAGGGCGUGACGUUCAACAGCGGCCUGCAGGCGGCCAUCAACACGGCACUGGUGGAGAUCGUGACAGAGGCCGGCCUGCAGCAGGACGCCUUCAGCCUCAGCAUCAACCUCGCCACCGACGUCCGUCGCUACAUGAGGAGGAACCCGCUGGAGGUGCUGGGCCUGCACGUGCGCCCUACUGUGCACCGCGUGGUCACACCCGCACGCGUGCGCGACCACUUCUGGCACUAUUGCAGGUCCUUGCACGGGUCCCUGACGGGCCUGAUCCGCUCCGGCCUGGCGCUGCAGCAGGAGGUGGUGCGUGAGAUGACACAGCCGCCCGUUGACCCGCAUCGCUACUUCGCGACGCCCCCGCCAGUGACCAGAGACUACGGCCUCACCAACCUGGGCGACCUUACCACGCUGCUCAGGGGAGAGGGCGAGCACCUUCAAAUGACGGACACCCUCAUGGCUUCAGCUGUGCACCGCUUCCUAUAUAUGAUGCUUCAUCAGAUCUACACAUUUCGCGGUCGCUGUCCUUACUCUGUCAGCUAUGACACAUCCUACAUGAGUCACGACACAGCCACCUUGAUUGCAGACAAAGUAUUAGCCACAAUCGCGGACGUUAGCAAAUAAUAAUUUCUCUCUCUCUCUCUUUUCCAUUCACUCUUCUUUUAAUCAAAACAGUGUCCAGUUUUUUUUUUUUAUGACGUACGGUAAAGUUAUAAAUAACAACCGUGAUUUACAUUCUCUAUAGUUCAUGAAUUUAUUUUAUCAUCGAAUGCAACCCCUUCAUCUUGACUGUGUUCUAGAAUUCAUUCGUAAACAAAACAUACGUUUCAAAAGCAAAAACGUAAAGGUAAGAUUGAAGAAAAAGAUAUGUGCAACUUUGUUUAAAGUGAAAUUAUUUGCAAUUGCUGUGAUUAUCAGUAAAUGGCUAGUAUCAUGUACCCUCUCUCUUCCUUAUCCCUCUCUUCCUUAUCAAUCCCCCCUCUCUUUCCUCAUUCUUGCAAAGUAAUGAUUUGACAAAGUGUUAUCUUCCAGCCUUUGUAAAAGAGCAGUAGUUGGUUCCAGUUAUCAGUAGAAUCAAGGUACUUCAAGGCACCCUCUUAACUACCACGCUCUAGGAAUUUGUUCUUCCCCCCAUACCCCUUUGUAUCUAUGAAUAAAAUUCCCUCCCAGAUUUUAAAUUGUAAAUGUGUUCUUAGUAUUUAUAUUGAGUAUGAAUUAGUCACAUUAUUAUUAAUCUUCUCAUUAUUUGACCAUGCUCUUAUUACGAUAAUAACAACUAUAAGUAGAGAAAUUUCUACUUUUCCCAAGGGAUUAUUCAUGUAACUAUAUCUGGUAUCUCACGGUUUUAUUGGUUGAACUUGAUGACGUCAUUUAGCUCCGCCCCUUUUCACUCCUGUCAGUCUGUGCGAUAUAUUAUGAGAUGUAUUUUAUUAGUAUAUUUUCUUUGAAAAUAGUUCAUUAACGAAAAUGGUAAAAUUAACGAAGAAACAUGAUAUUUGCAAUAAAUGAUGGGGCAGGGCAGGGUUUGGCUCUGCGAUUGCCAACUAGGAUUUGCAUCAAAACAAGUGGUUCUACCUAUUUUAUAGGUACCUUAAGUAGAACGAAAAAAAAAAAAUAUAGUACUUUGAAGUCAAAUUCUGCACUGUGAGCUAUGCAAGAUAAAGAAUUAACAUCCAUAGUGCUUCCUAAGAAGUGUAACGAGUGUGUCACAAGCCUUAGAUUUUCCCUUACCAUGACCCAUCACCAUUCAGCUGUCUUACAUCAGACACAACACACUCAGUGUUCUCACUCUCGUAAAAAGUUUGAACAUGUGACAAGGUGGAAAAUGUAGCACCUGCCUCUUCUACCGCUUCUGCUCGUCUGUGAAGCUGUUACCUCCCUCUCAUGACUCCACGUAUUUCAUCUGUAGCACGUAUCAUUACCACAGAGGCUCACACUAUUGAUCUGGUUCAACAGAAAAUACGCUCACGUCUUUAGUAGAAUCUCAAGAAGUAGCUCUAGCCAGCAUCUUCACCCUCGUUGAUAUGCAGGAUGACAUUGCCCUGCAUAUCGAGAGGAUCAGUGAUCUCCCUGUAACGGACACUUCAUAUAAUGCUCUGUGAAGCCUAGCCCUUGCUACCUCCUCGUCUGCACCUGGAGCAUCAAAUGAAAAAAAUUUGAAUACUGCUACAGAUUAUCACUUGGAAUGUUCUUAGUAACACAAAGGAUUUAGUGCCUAUUAUGAUGAAGACCUAUGUGUAGUGCUUUAAUCUAGGUGUGAUAUUGAUUCAAGAAAUAUUCGUUAUUCGUUUUUCACUUGAACGAGAGGCCUGGACAUAUUCACAGGAUAUUUAUCCUAUAGAAUAAUAACUUUUUUGCUCUUCUGGAAAAGAUGAUAAUGAUUACAUUUUUUUUUUUAAUAAUUCUGAAAUGAUAUAACAAGCAGUGAUCUAUAUGUCUAUUAUUGUAGGAAUAAUACAAAUAUCCUUCCUGCUCCUACACUCAAAGGCACAACCUAUGAGGGAUAUUUGGGUGCACGAAAUUCUUAUCUAAGUGACUUCUGUCCUCUAAGUAAAUCCUCUACUCCCAACUCAUUCGCAAGGAUCCUGAUGCACUACUCGUUCUUGUAAAGGCAAUCUCGAAUAUACAACUGUAUCUAGUGUAUCUCACAUCAAGGGAUGACCUUUCACAUUCUUAAUUCUCUUUAGACUCUCCUUCCUCACACCCCGCUCUUCAAUCCCAGUUCAAUUUAUUAUCACUCUCGGCGUCAAUAUUCCUCCAAAACACUGGCUUACACACGUCUUAAACACAUUCAUUUUCCCACUUUUUUGUGUCCCGUGGUCGUAACACAUAUACAAGCACGCUCACACACACGCACACGCACACGCACACACACACGCACACGCACACGCAUACGCACACGCACACGCACAAGCACACGCACACACA